AUGGACCAAGCAGCCUUUCUUACUCGAAGUGGUGCUAUUGCAAAUGACGGGUCAAACUUCAACAAACCCAAUGAAUGCUUAGCCCCUGAAACCAAAGGUGGAUUUAAAGACGGGUUUGAAGGUGCGUCAACAAGUCCUAAAGACCCAGUUCCUUUCGCAGACAAUGUUAUGAAGACUGAUGUUGGGCCAAGAGAAACAAGUUCACAUCUUGAUGAGAUUUCCCAGAAAGAACUUGGAGCUGGUCCUGGUCCAGGUGGUGAUACAUCAGAGUGCACAGAAAGCAAGAUGGAUUCCAGUCAUGAACCCAUUGGCAUUGAUGCUGUGAUGACAGAAAUUGAAAGAGAAGUCAAGAUGGAAUGCAUGCAAUGGACUCCUAUUUUUGUGGAAAGCGAGCAGUUUGAGCUCCUAAGCUCUGAUCACGUUGACAAGCUGCUUCGGGAUGCGCACGCCUUGGAAGAGAAUCUGAUCGAGCAGAAAGAAAGAUUGUUAUCCCAUCUGAAGCUUCUAUCCCAGACCCUCAAGCUGAACGUACCAUAACCACACAAAAUUGCUUUCGACCUAAUGGCUUCGUGUUUUAACCCUCAUCUGCAGUUAGGUUUGUAAUUGUUCUCAUAUAGGUUUUUGGCAUUGAUUCACAUGUAUGUACGUAUGAUUAACCAAUGUUUAUAAUGUACAUGUAGUGUGUAUCUGAACUUUUUGUAAUGACAUGUAUGUUUAAAUGUAGAAAUUUUUAACCAAGGUCUAAAUGCGUUUGUGUAUCCGAUACUGGCAUUAAUAUUUAUACCCAUGUGAGGUAAAAAAAAAAAAGAUACCUCAGUGACCUCACAAAUACCCAAUUUAAGGAAAAAAU